AUGUCGACACCACAGCAGCCGAGCUACACGCCCAGCAAGGUCCUGAGGACCGAGUAUCCCCUCAUCGACAAUGACCCGCACUUCAAGAGAGUUAUCGGCUAUGCGAGACCCUCAGAUUACGCUCAUGGCAUCGUCGCCGGAUUAGGAGGACCGGGUCUGCUCUACGCCAUGGAGAAGUUCGCGCCGUCUCAAGUCGGCCGAGGAGGGUUCGCCCGCGCAAUGCGACUAUGCGGUGUUAUUGGAGCUCUGGGUGGCUUCCUCUACUUCUACCAGCGAUCCUCUCUCCGAUUCUACGGCGUCCUCGAGAACUCGCGCGAAGUCGAAAUGGACAUGCGCGAGAUGGUGGCCAAGGUCAAGGCGGGCGAGCCGCUGUAUGGUGAGAGCAAGCUGACGCCACACAUGCAGGGCGUCGCCGCGCGCCAGAGCAGAUACUCGGCCAUGGCUAUGCAUCUGCUGCCCUGGUUCAAUUUUGUCAACCACCCCCAGCAUGGUGUCGAUACGGCCAAGUACUACAAGCAGGCUGAGAGGGAGCUCGAGGCCGAGAGGACAUCUAAAACGCAAAGGGAGGUCGCUGCGCUGGGUUGAAUCGGGUGUGUUGAGGACGGGGAGUUGCGAGGAAGGGAGAUGGGCAAGGGAAUUCCAGACGACGGAAGAGAGAGUUGGAGAAGGGAAGAAAGCAUUGUACAUAAAUGUAAGUGGGAAGCUAUUCCCGGGAGAAGACAUCACUUCCACGCAUAGGGAAACUCAGGUCUCGAUUUCAUUCUCUUAAGCGUGUCCCUGGUCCUGGUGCAUGGCCGACUUUGGCCAAUAUGGCAGCUUGAGUCUGAGAACCUCCCGUGGGACCAUGAACACAGACAUUUACUCGAAUCGUGUGCUUGAAAGAAGCGCAAAUACACAUCAUCUAACAAUCCUCUCCUGUUUGCCAAGACCUCGAUGACGAGCUCACUAGCUACUGCAACAAUUUAUGUAAUACUUUGACAGGAUAGAAAGCAUUGGUCACGGUGGGCUCACAGGAAGUGUGCGUAGUG